UAAUGGGUACAACGGUAACAGAUACAGUUAUGAAAAGAUGUGUGAUCGCGUUGAAAGUUCAGUAUUAAAAUUAUUUUACGAAGCUUAUGUGAACAGGAAACGAAAUAAACAUAAUACAGAAGAUAUACAUGAACCCACUUUGGAUUAUACGAAACGUGUCAUAAUCAAUCAAAGAACUAGAACCAAACAUGAACCACAGUAUGAUUAUAAAAAAUAUAAAAAAGAAUAUAUGAUUGAAUUAAUUGACAUUUUAAAAGGAGUGAAUACAUAUAAAAAAAGGAGUAAUAUACAACAAACGCAGAACUGUAGAUAUUUAUAUCCAUGUAAUGUACACUAUAAAAAUGUUUUACAUUUAAAACAUAUACCAUGCUUCAAAAACACAUCUAACGAAAUAAAUAAUAAAAAAAAAAAUAGCCAUAAUUUAGAAAAAUGUGUUGAUAAUUAUAUAACUAUGCGUAAAUAUAUAAGAAAAGAAAUUUAUAAAAUAUUAAAAAUGAGUAAGCACGAUAGUAAGAUACGAAGUAUAUUAACGUUUAUGGUUAAUUAUAUACAGAUGAAUGGUUCGAGUUUUGUUAUGUCGGAUAUUAUUGUUGAUCCAACAGGACGUGAUAAAAACACGAAUAAAACUAAUGUAUACGUUACUAAAAAUGAUAAAAAUAAAAAAAAUGUAACAGUACAUGAUAAAAUUAAAAAAAAAAAAAGAGAGAGAGAGAGAGAGAGGGAGAGAGAAAAAAAAAAGCAUUUGGUAGUACAAUAUAGUACUGAAAGGAAAGAGUUUUUAUCUGGUAGUGAGUGUGAAAAAAUGUAUGUUAAUAAUGUACCUAAACAUUUACCUUUGACUAUGUUAAUUGUUAAAAACUUUGAAGAAAAACAGGAAAAGUUAAAAGGUGUUAAAAAAUACACUGUCAAUAACACUCAAGUCCAAUAUCAAGUAAAAUUAGUUGGUACAGAUAAAAAAAAAAUAAAAGAAAAUCAAAAAAUUAUAAAAAAUGAAGUUGGUUUAUUUAGUAGAAUAGAACAUAUAUACAAUAAUGUUGGAGAAGUAAAACGUAACAUAAAUUAUGACAAUAAUAUUGUAAACAGGUAUAUUCCAUUCCCAAAUAUAGCUACUAGUUAUAUUCAAAGAUGUAAUACUAGUGACUAUAUGAAAUCUUCUUUAACUGAAAUAAAAAAUAAGGAACAGGAGUUGGUUACUAUGACCAAUGGUAAUAAUAGUGACACUGGAAAAAUAGAAAAAAGUAAUAAAAAUAAUAAUAACACUUUUUUUAAUUUAAAAUAUGUAUUAAACAAAAAAAAAAAAUUUGAAUUAUAUGAAGAGUAGUAUGAAAAGCUGUACGAAGAGCUGUAUGGAGGUUAAUUAUAAAUAUAAACCACAGACGGUAAAUACAAAAAAUUGUUUUUUAGUCAAAUCGAAAAGUAAUGAUGUGAUUUAUAAAAAUAUUGAUUUAAAAAAAAAAA